AUGGAAGUGGUGGAGGCCGCCGCCGCCCAGCUGGAGACUCUGAAGUUCGGCGGCAUCGGCCUGGAGGGUGGCCCAGGUGAGGCAGCGCCGUCCCCGGACACCGUUCCCGUCUCAGAUCCGCCGCCGCCGCCGCCGCCGUCGGGCGAGGGGGCCCCAGGCCCUGGGCUGGACGCGGAACCUCAACCAGCCGGGGCUCGGCCGCCUGAACUCGCGCCGAGCACCGCCACCGCCGUCGGUGGAGGGACGGGCGCUGCGGAGCUGGUGCCGACCCCAGACGCCCUGGAGACCUCGGACUCGGAGUCGGACAGUGAAACAGAUUCAGAUAGUUCAAGCUCUUCUUCUUCCUCAUCAUCAUCCUCUUCUUCCUCUUCCUCUCGAAUGUUAGUUCCUCCAGUGCUGUCAGAUGGAGAUGACGAUAUACAAGUUGAGAAGGGAAAUAAGAAUUUUCCUCUUAUUAAAACAAAAGAUGAAUUACUUCUUAACGAACUACCUUCAGUUGAAGAACUCACUAUUAUUCUGCCUGAAGAUAUUGAGUUAAAGCCUCUUGGGAUGGUUUCAAGUAUUAUUGAACAACUAGUAAUAAUUGAAUCUAUGCCUAAACUGCCUCCUGUUAAUGAGGAGACUGUAAUUUUUAAAAGCGAUCGGCAGACAGCAGGGAAGAUAUUUGAGAUAUUUGGACCUGUUGCACACCCAUUUUAUGUAUUACGGUUUAAUUCUUCAGAGCACAUUGAGAGUAAAGGUAUUAAAAUGAAGGACACUAUGUAUUUUGCUCCAUCAAUGAAAGACUUCACCCAAUAUGUAUUCACAGGAAAACAAGAGAAGGGAUCAGAUGCAUCAUGGGAAAAUGAUCAAGAACCACCACCAGAUGCCAUAGAUUUUAGUGAUGAUGAAAAGGAAAAAGAAGCCAAACACAGAAAAAAAAAUCGCAUUCAAGGCCGGAAAAAAUUUAAAUCUCAAUUUAAUGAGUCAGGUGAAGAUUUUGCUGAAGUACAUCAGAAUUGGAAUGUUCAUAGCUCUACUUCAGAGCAUUCACAAGGAUAUCGCAACAGAGAAUUCACACAGGGAUUCUCCCGGGGUAGACAUCCUCAGCCUUGCCAUGGCAGGCCCCCCGCUCCACAGUUUUAUAACUCAGAGCACAUGGUACCUCAGGGAACUGCGGGAUUCCCACCUCAGAGACAAGACAAUCUUAGGCCGCUGUAUCCCUUUCCUCCUCCCAUGUUGGGCAUGCAUGAGUUUUCACGCCCUCCUCCACUACCACCACCGCCUCCCCCUCCACCACCUGCAUUUGUAAACAUGGGUUGGCCCGCACCUAACAUGCCACCUCAUCCAUUUCUUCCCAUACCGUACUCGAUACCUCCCCCUCCUCCCCCGCCUCCCUUGCCUCCAUCCUCCUCUUCUGGAGAUAGUAAUUCUUCUCAUUUUGGAUCUUACUAUUAG